CGCGUGUGGUGGGGGAGUGGGCUAAUACCUAAAACCGGUCCCUCCAUCACAAAACCCGGAUAACCUUCACAGAGUCAAUUUAACACGGAAUAACCUCCAGACUGUAUCUGCAUCUCGUUUCAUCCUCCUCUCCAUGUCCAAGUUUGUGUCUAGCUAUGAGGAGUGUCGGGCAACAGCUGAUUGGCUGCUGUCCAACACACAAGUGCGGCCCACUGUGGGAAUUGUGUGUGGUUCAGGUCUGGGGAGGCUGGCUGAGGCCCUGAAGGACCCUCAGGUCUUUAAAUACAGUGACAUUCCCAACUUCCCCCGGAGCACAGUGCAUGGUCAUGCUGGCCAGCUGGUGUUUGGAACACUAAAAGGGAAACCCUGUGUUUGCAUGCAGGGCAGGUUCCACCUGUACGAGGGCCACCCCAUCCAGAAGAUCACGCUGCCUAUGCGCGUCUUCAAGCUGAUGGGCGUGGAGACGAUGAUCCUGACCAACGCAGCUGGCGGCCUCAACCAGGACUACAAAGUGGGGGACGUCAUGAUCAUCAAGGACCACAUCAACAUGCCAGGGUUUGCCGGAAUGAACCCGCUGGCUGGACCAAAUGAUGACAGGUUUGGCACCCGCUUCCCCUGCAUGUCUGACGCCUACAACCGCGAGCUGCGGCAGCUGGCCCAAGAAGUGGCAUCAGAGCUGGGAUACAGCGACUUCCUGCGGGAGGGAGUGUACUGCGUCCUGGGAGGUCCCUCUUUUGAAACCAUCGCUGAGUGCCGCAUGCUACACACCCUAGGCGCUGAUGCUGUAGGCAUGAGCACUGUCCACGAGGUAAUUGCCGCCCGCCACGCCGGGAUGCGUUGCUUCGCUCUGUCGCUGAUCAGCAACCGGGCCGUGAUGGACUACGACAGCCAGGAGAAGGCCAACCACGAAGAAGUCCUGGAGACGGGCAGGGUGAGGGCCGGGCAACUGGAGAAGCUGGUGUCUACCAUGGUGGCUCGGCUGGAGCACAACAACAACACCUACUAAAAUGGUCCCAGGCCAGCUGCCCUGUUUUAUCUCUGUUUUUAAGAUGUUUGUUACAACGCUAAAAUAGAGUUUUAAAACAUCAUAAAUGUUUCCACUGAUUGUUACUUAAAUCCAGUCUUGAAACCGGUCCACUUUUUUUAUACACUCCUAUCAGCGACGUUUACAUUUUUGAAGUGCGCAGAUAAAAUAUAUCCUACUGCAGUUACCCCUACAGCUCUCUGACAAAUCUAACAUACUGUACUGCAUUCAGCCAGAAUUGUAUAUUAUUUUCUAACUUAAUAACUUUUAACUUAAUAAAACAGAAAUAUUUAUUGUUCUUUUACAUUCCGUGAUAUCAGUUGAUCACCAUCAUGUCCACCAUGACACUUCCUUUCUAAUGUAGAGGACCAACUCAUCACACAUGUCUUCAAGAGAUCAAUAUUUAAUAUAGUGUAGAAGAUUUGUAAAAUGUUCCAAAAUAUUUAUACUGAAUGUAUUUAAGUGUUUUUAGGAUGAACAGAGUUGAAUGGGAUAGUUACCAAAGUAUGUUUGAUCAGAAUCUCUUUCCAUGUCUAUUGUAUUAAAAGGCUGGGUUUCUGGCUGCUUUUAUAGGUAUUUUACUUAGAACUGUAAAAACUGUUGAUCUGCUUUUCCAAUUAAAUAACUCAACAUGAAAACAA